ACCCUGCAAAACAAAAACACACAGACUGCAUGCAAGACAACCGAAGGGCAUUUACUCAGAUCAGCAGUGUUUACAAGGCAAUCCACAUGAGCUUUUGCUUAAAAUGGAAAACUUUGAACAGGAAAGCAUAAAUGAAGAACUGAUUGACUUUGCCAUUCAAGAAAGCAUCCAGGAUGCCUACAAGCUGUCAUGUUCAGUAAGAAAAAACAGGAAAGGUCCAAACACUGAUGACUUUAUGAAGAUAAUGGCAGCUAUUUACAAAGGUGAUGUGAGUGCUCUGCAGGUGCUGUCAAACUGUGUGUCUGCCUUUAAAGAGAGUGACAGCAGGGGCUGGCUGCCCCUGCAUGCAGCAGCUGUACAGUCACAUCCAGAGGUUCUGCGUGUGGUGCUGCAGGUGUUGGCAUCCAUGGACCUAACUCUGGAGGAGCAGACAGAGGAUGGGGACACAGCUGUGACUCUGGCAGCGGAGGCUGGCCGGGUGGAAAAUGUGAAGAUGCUGCUGCAGCACGGAGCUUCACCGCACAACACCAACAGCAGGAAUGAAUCUCCUCUUCUCUUUGCAGUGAGACAGAGCUCAUACGACAUGGCCCUAACCCUCAUAAUGGGUGGCUCCUUUGUGGAGCAGGUGUGCCUAACCAAGUGGACUGCCACCCAUGAAGCUGCAAAGGUGGGUUGUCCAACUAUUCUGAUGCUGCUCCUUCGACAUGGAGCCAAGGUAACAGCCAGAGAUGGUCAUGGUGUGACGCCUUUGGGGAUCGCAGCUAAACAUGGCAACACUGAAGCUUUGGACAUCCUCAUACAACAUGGUGGUGAUGUGAAUGCCCAGGCCAGCAAUGGCGACACAGUCCUAUAUGAUGCGUCAGGGUCUGGAAACCUGGACUGCAUUGAGCUACUUUUGCAGCAUGGCGCAAACCCAAAUGUGGCCAGCUAUGCCUGUCAGCUGCCCAUCCACAGAGCUGCAUAUGAAGGCCAUAUAUUAGCCCUGAGGACUCUCAUUCCCAUCACCACAAAGAGAGCCAUCCGGCUCUCAGGUCAGAGCCCCGUCCACUCUGUAGCUGACGGGGGACAGGCUGAAUGUCUGAAGCUACUUAUCGACAAAGGUUAUGAUGUCAACGCAUUACUAGAUACGCACAUCUCUGAGAACUACGGGGACCUCAGAAAGAGUCCUUUGUACUUUGCCGUUUCCAACGGUGAUGUGACCUGUUCUGAGAUGUUGCUGGCAGCUGGAGCAAAAACUGACCUAGAUCCUCUGCGAUGCAUCUUGGUUGCUGUACGUGCUGAGAGGUAUGAGCUGGUGCAGCUGCUGCUGUCCUAUGGUGCAGAGGUGAACUGUUACUUCCGAGUGAUCAGCAACACAGUGUUCCCCACUGCCCUCCAGUACUGUCUCAGAGACCAUGUCAUGUUGCGACUGCUGCUUAACAGCGGAUAUCAAGCUCAAAAGUGUUUUGAGUGCUGUCAUGGUGACAGUGAGGAAACAGAUGAUACCUGGACUGACCUCCAUAACCAAGCUUAUCAGAUUUACAGUCAGCCUAAUGUCGUCACAUUCUGUGAGUUUGUGUCAGUGUCAUGGUUGACACAUCUGGCAGGCAGCGUUGUGAGGAUGCUUCUGGACUAUGUCAGCCACGUCAGCAUCUGUUCGAAUCUCAGACGCAUCCUGAAAAGAAGGCCAGAGUGGGAGGAGAUCUCUGCCAUACUGAGCAAGCCCCGCUCUCUGCAACACUUGUGUCGGUUGGUAAUCAGAGGUCGAAUGAGCAUCAGGACCCUGAAUGACCCUGAGGCCAUGAUUGCUGUUCCUUUCCCUCCCAGGCUGACCAGCUACCUAACCUACAGGGAGUACGACCUGUACAAUAAACCCUAGUCACUAUAAAAUGAAAUAUUAUUCAUAGCUGUGACUGGAACCUUAUGAGGAUAAGCACUGAUCAAAACUGGCCAUCUUUGUGCCAUUUGGACAAAACAAUGUAUAGCUACUUAUUUUACUGGCAUCUAUUCGUAUUCUCCAAACUUGGAAAAGUACCACUAAUACAACUGAAUAAUGCAUGCUUAGCAUAUAAAAUAGGUGCUUCACAAAUCCUUAACACCCACACAGGUGUUUUUACAUCUCAGCAAUGGAACUAUUGCAAAGAGAAAAGUUGGGCAGCGGAUAUGAUGAGGUCACUAGACAACAUGAAAACUACUUUAGAAGCAAAAUGAUCUGCUUUAGUGGCUGCAACACAAGCUAAAUGGGUGACUGUAGUUUGUACAAACACACCCAAACCUUAGCAGAGGUCUUAAUGAUGAAGUGAGAAUGUGCUGGUGGACAGUAACACACUCGUUGCACCUCUUUUAAGUAUGUAUAUUAUGUAUAAUAAAUAUGAGGUUUCAAAUAUAUUCUUUAAUAAAUGAAUUUCUUGAG